UGUGGCGAUAUUUGUUAACCAGACAUUUUUGGGACGAGUAGGUUGGGGUUUCCGCGUGCGCAUCUACUACAGGGGAGGCCAUUUCGGGGUCGGCCCAGUGCCGAUCCAAGGAUUCCGCGCGGUCCUCCGAGAAGCUAUGGUUAUGCCGCUUGUUGCUCCUCUUUUCUUCUAUGUGAUCUAUCGUCGCGGCCGGCCGCCGGCGGGAACCUUCCGAGGCGCGUGCAGUUGCUGGCGGCGGUGCGGCGGCAAAACGAGGUCAUGGCGGAGGCACCCAGCCUCCACUACGACAUCCUCGUGUCGGCGGUCGACCUGGAGCUCGCCGACGCCGAGGCCAUGCAGGAGGCGCUGGGUUCGCUGGACCAGCUGCGGCAGGCGGCCGAGGACGGAAGGCGGCGGGCCGACGCGUUGGAGGCCUCGGUGAGGAAAGUGCAGGGCGGUGGCCGGGCCGAAGGCGAUGAGCCCUCUUCGGGCCUGGGCAGGCUGUUCGGCCCGCGGGACCGUGCGGGCCAGCCCGACAGGCUGCGCAGAGAGCUCGAGCAGACGAGGGAGGAGGCGGCCGUGGCCGAAGAGUGGCACGCGGCCGCGCGCUCCGUCGCCGCCGGCCUCGAGGUGGGCGCGUUCCUCGCCGAGAAGG